AUGGCGGACCGUUAUUCCUUCUCGCUCACCACCUUCUCCCCCAGCGGAAAGCUGGUCCAGAUUGAAUAUGCGUUGAAUGCUGUCAAUACAGGUGUCACGGCACUGGGCAUCAAAGCUACAAACGGAGUUGUGCUCGCCACCGAAAAGAAAUCGUCAUCGCCUUUGGUCGACCCUCCUUCACUGUCGAAAGUUUCGUUGAUCACUCCUGAUAUUGGUAUGGUCUAUGCCGGCAUGAGUCCCGAUUAUCGAGUGCUCGUCGACAAGGCUCGCAAGGUUUCCCACACUGGCUACAAACGCAUCUAUAACGAGUACCCACCUACCCGCAUAUUGGUGCAGGACGUUGCCCGUGUCGUUCAAGAAGCUACACAGUCCGGUGGUGUUCGCCCGUACGGAGUCAGUCUGCUCAUUGCCGGAUGGGAUGAGGGUGUCGAGCCCGAGGCCGAAGAGAAAACCGAAGAGGGAUCCGAAAAGAAGGCGUCUGGAAAGACUGGUGGAAUCCUCAAGGGUGGUCCAAGUUUGUACCAGGUUGACCCUAGCGGAAGCUAUUUCCCAUGGAAGGCCACAGCCAUUGGCAAGAGUGCUACGAGCGCCAAGACCUUCCUCGAGAAGCGAUACACCGAGGGAUUGGAAUUGGAAGAUGCUAUUCAUAUUGCUCUUCUGACCCUGAAGGAAACAAUCGAGGGAGAAAUGAACAGCGAGACUGUGGAGAUUGGCAUUGUCGGCCCACCCGCAGAUCACUUGCUGGGCUACCAAGGAGUUGACGGGGCUCGGGGCCCGCGGUUCAGGAAGCUCACCAAAGAGGAGAUUGAGGACUACUUGACCAACCUAUAG